AUGGCUCCGACAAGUCGCAUCGCCUUUUUGGCGCUGUCGUUCCUCCUUUCAGGCCGUUUCGCAGCAGCUGAAUGCGAAAUUUCUGGCAAUUACACAAUUAUCGCUGCACCCGACGACCAAGAUGGAGUUCAAUCCUGCAAAGAUGUCGAUGGCUCUUUGUCGCUCCUCUUCGAUAAGGAUCCCUCUUCCUGGCCAUCCGAUAAGGCCACGGUAGAUCUCGGCGACAUCAGUUCACUUACCGGUGACCUUGUCAUUUAUCCCCACCACGAUUCGAAGAAGACGGUUGUCACGGCGUCGAGUCUGAAGACAAUUGAAGGAGCCCUUACGAUAUGGAACACAGGAACCGGGAAGGACCACACGAUUGAGGAGUUCGACCUGGUAUUCGGCGCGUUAGAGGAAGUGGGCAAAGAUUAUGUUAUCACGGAAGCUUUUGCCAAGCUCUCACUUGAGCACAAGGCUGAUAUCACAGUGGGAGGUAUGGCGAGAGUCUACGAUACCGAUGUGGAGGAGUUGCAGUUGAACGGAGUGUAUACCGUCAAUGGAGACUUCUCAAUCGACUCUAAUAGCGAUAUGAAGGAGCUCGAUGUCCCGGCGCUUACAUACGCUAAUAAGGGCCUUAUUGUCAAGGGCAACAAUGCUCUUGAGAAGGUCUCAUUUGCAAAGCUGGAGGGGGUCAAAGGAAAUAUGCAGUUCAACCAGAAUGGUGCGCUGCAGACUAUUUACCUCGCUGCCCUGGAGUCAGCUGCAACCAUGUCUAUCACCGCCAACGGAAAUGAUGCUACCGUGCUGCUGCCUUGGCUGUCGUCCAUCGGAAACAGCACUACUACUGCGACCUCAGACUUCAGCGGACUUGGCAAGAUUGAGUUUUCGUCCCUACGCACUGUCAAUGGUUCACUGACCUUUGAGUCUAACUCGUUUGAGGAUCUUACUAUUCCUUUGAUCAAGGAGAUGAAUGGUGGCAUUACUGUGGAGGACAACCCUUCUCUGACGACGUUUGCUUUGCCGAGAGUUACAUACGUGGAUGAACUAGACAUCAGCAGCAACGACAAACUCACCAAUAUUACAGCCAACGCUCUCAAGUCUGCUGGCACAAUUGCGAUCAAAGGAUCGUUCACAAACGUGGAGUUCUUCAACCUCAAGAAGGUUACGGGAGAUUUCAAGGUCGUCGGUGAUGAGUCUAUGGACUGCAGUUGGUUUGAUGCCAAUAUCAAGAGCAUUGUUGAAGGAAAAUACACAUGUGUCGGAGAUCACGACAAGAAGGAGAGAAAGCCUAGUACUGGAGGCAUUGAGGAUACCGAGGGUAACCCCAAGGAUUAUAUGACAUCCCCUGACGAUGAUGGAGGUAAUAGUGGUAGCGGCAGUGGCAGCAGUGGAAGCGAUAGUGGCUCGGGCAGUGGAAGUGGAAGUUCCGACGGUGACAAAGAAGGCUCAAAGGGAGGGCUUUCAACAGGUGCAAAGGCCGGCAUUGGCAUCGGCGUUGCGAUCAUCGUUGUUCUCCUUAUCGUUGGCGGGGUUAUGUUCUGGCUCUGGCGCCGCCGUCAGACCGCAGCACCCGGUGAAAAGCGCCUCGGCAGCAGUGGCAGCGGCUCAACCAAGAAGGGCAUCUUUGAUGGGCAGCAAAUGGGUGUUCAGACAAAGAUCGAGGCCACCAACCCCAGCCCGUCUCCUAGCAUCGGCACUUUGAAUUUCGGCCGCAACUCCCUCAUCGAGUCGACUGGUGGCUUUACCGAGAAGAGUCUCAAUGCCUGGAAGACGAUCCGAAGAGUUAGUGUUUCUUCGGGUGGUUCUUCGACUGUCAAGGAGGGAACUAGUAUUCUCAAGGGUUGA